GAUUUUGCAUUUCUGGGGAGGAGGGCUGCUUUGUUUACUAACAGUCCUCUCUGUCGGCUCAGGCACACUGCUCUGGAUGGCUGUGCACAACACAGACAUCCAGAGCAGUGUCCUUACAGUGAAGCACCAACAUACCGCCCCCCAGUAAAACACUCCCAGUACACAGUUAACCCUUUCUGUGCACUUCAUGUUAACCCUUUCCUGCCCAGUGCCAUUAGUACGAUGUCAGUGCUUUUUUUUUUAGCACUGAUCACUGUAUUGGUGUCACAGGGGAUGUCAGUGACACCAAGUCAGUUCCCCCCAGUGUCAGAAUGCCCGCCACAGUCCUGC